AUGCAAACCCCUUUAGCACAGCUUGGUACGCUCCUCGUAUUUAUCACUACAUUUUGCUCUUCAUCCCCUGUUGCUCUCGAUAGUUCCGUCGAUACCAGCGUCAAGAACGCACAUGAACCGAGGGAUACACCAGUCUUUGUAUCGGAAUUUGUAGGACAUGAGCAUAAUCAGCACCAUCCUCGCAACGAAGGCGCCGAUUCCUCUACGACAGAUAUUUCGCUCAGGAGCAUUGAGAAGAGAGAUCUAAGAGGCAGUUCACUUUUGCGCAACGCACAAACCCGGCCAAAGACCCGGAAAGGCCUGGUACUAUAUGGAAAGCAGCUGUACGCGGCCGGGAACAACCAGAUACAAAGUCACUUGUUACGAGGAUGGUCUUGA